UACUGAAAAAGUAGGGAUCUGUAAAUCAAGAAAGGUAAAAAACUUUCAGUGUGAAGAAGUUCCAAAUAAGAGAGUUCAUCAUACAGAUUUGAAGAUGAUUAGCAAAUUUUUACACAUGCUUCUGCUGCACACAGUAUUGCAACUCCUCUAGUAUCUAUAUUCACACAUGUAAAAAAGCAUACACACAUCUUCAAGGAGCAGAGAAACAAUUAACAUGAGUGCCUUCUAUAUGAUUCUGCAUCUAAAAGCGAGAAAAUUUUCAGCUUCUUUUGGUUUUCUUAUAUUUUAGUGACACAAUGGACCUUGGGAGCAGAGGAAGAAUCCACUGUAACAUGAGACUCACCUGCUCUCUGCUAAUCAUGGCAGCAUUCUGCAUGACACCUUUCCUCUGCCAUAGUCAAACUGAUCCACUAGCUCUUGGGUGGGCAGAUCCCCAGUGUUGGGAAUCCUCCUCAGCUGUCUUACUGGAGAUGAGGAAGCCUCGCAUUUCUGACUCUGUCAGUGGCUUUUGGGACUUCAUGAUUUUUCUGAAAUCAUCAGAGAACCUGAAACAUGGGGCUUUGUUCUGGGACCUGGCUCAGCUCUUCUGGGAUAUCUAUGUGGACUGUGUGCUCUCCAGAACCCAUGGCCUAGGGAGAAGGCAGCUAGCAGAAGCUGAGCAGAAGACUGCUACUCUACAUUCUCAGUUCACAGGGAGAAACCAAGGGAUAUUUUCUCAUAUUCAGAGGUCGCCAAUUCUGAAGAAGAGAGACUCAUUUGAAGAUUUAAUAAGUAUCCACAUGCAUAAGAGUAGACCUACAUUACUUCGAAGAGUCAUUGGAGAGUUAGGAAAAAAGAGGAAAUCACACUUUUAGUUCAAGAUCUUGAUUUGUAGAUAUUUUUUAAUUACUUCUCUUUAUUUUUUGCAUUCUAAUCCUCACUGAUGUCAAUUUACAUGUAGAAAAAGGCCUGUAAGCAUGGGCACCAUAUCUCUGAUUAACUUGGACUUAUGGGGUUUUUUAAUUAUCUAUUAAUUUCAUCUCCUUAAUAAACUGCAUGAUUUAUAAGCA